GGAUAUUAGCCUCGCAGCCGGAAUGUGUAGUAAAAGUGUCGAUUACUUGAUGACGUCAACAGUAAGCGCAUCGAUACACGAGGAGAAGGGUAGCAAGGUUUACUCGGCUAAUGUGAUCUUUGUCUCAGAUUUAAACCAUGGGGAAGCAGAAAACCAAGAAGUUUGCUACAAUGAAACGAAUGAUCAGCCUGAAAGAUCAGAGAAUAAAAGAGAAAGAUCGAGCCAAAGCAAAAGAGAAAAAGAAGAAGGACCCAUCACAGCUGAAGGAGAGAGAAGUGACAAAGUACCCAUCAUGCCUGUUCUUCCAGUACAAUACUCAGCUUGGUCCACCGUACCAUGUACUUGUUGACACCAAUUUCAUCAACUUCUCCAUCAAGGCAAAGCUGGACAUUUUUCAGUCUAUGAUGGAUUGUCUGUAUGCCAAAUGCAUUCCAUAUAUCACAGACUGUGUAAUGGCUGAGAUUGAAAAGCUUGGACUGAAAUACAGAGUUGCACUCAGGAUAGCCAAAGAUCCCAGGUUUGAGCGCCUGCCAUGCACACACCAGGGAACAUAUGCUGAUGACUGCUUAGCCCAACGAGUAACACAGCACAAGUGUUACAUCUUGGCUACUGUGGACAGAGAUCUAAAGAGACGAAUCAGAAAGAUCCCUGGAGUACCCAUCAUGUACAUCUCAAACCAUAGGUAUAACAUUGAACGGAUGCCCGAUGACUAUGGUGCACCAAGGUUUUAAGAUUUCUAUAGCUGGACCUGUAAAUGACCCGACGUUCCCCGUUUAAUGUUCUUUUCCUUACAUGUAUAUUAAAAAUUUUGUUUGGAUGAUAAAAAAAAUUGUUGUUCUUGCUUCUGUUGCCUUGAUAAUAGUGCAUUUUCUAAAUCACAAUAAAAACACACUUCAUGAACUUGACUAAUUAAUCAUUCAUUAAGUUGAAUGUGACAUGAACAUGUGGUUAUAACAGUAGUCGCUCUCUCUUCGGCAUCUGUGUAAAUGGAUGCAAUUAGAGCCCGAGUGGCGCAAUGGCCAUAUAGUCAAUUUGGGAUCUGCCUUGCACAGAUGGAAGGCAAGUCAGAUAAAAGGAGGACGAGUGGGGAAAUUGCUUUCUUCUUUGUGCAGUUUCCUGCAUUACAGGCAGCACACGGCUACAUCAGCCGCCUUCCGUCGUGUAUCCCAACACGAGCGGUAGUGCGAGCGUCUAGUCGAUGCUAUUUGCAGCAGCUUCUUCUUUUUUUGUGAAACAUGUUAUUCAUUCAAAUAAAUUCCACUCUGCGAAUGCUA